AUGGCUCAGUCCAGCUCACUGCACCUGUCGGUCGGCAUCCUGGGCAUCUUUGGCGGCUCUCUCCUGCUUUUGGUGAACAACUAUGCCAGCAUUCCUGGAAAAGACUUCAUCCCCCACACGGCUCUGGGGAUCCUGCUCCUCAUUAUCGCAGCUCUUAUUGCUUAUGCAGGUGUGUGUCGCAGUCUGUCCCACGCCCAGCUGUUUUCCUCUCUGUGCCUGACGGUCUCAGCUCUGUGGUGUGGUUCAGGUCUAGUGUACAUCCUAGUAGGGCAGAAGGUUCUGCAGUAUGAAGAGUUGAGAUCCUCUCUGGUCCCUGGCCUGGCUGCGUUUACUUUGGCACUGUUCAUCGUCAGCAGUGUUGCGCUCCUUGUGAAGAAAGCUGUUCUGUUUCUCCUAGCUUUAGGUAUUUCCUUAGCGUGUGCACAUCAGAUUGCUGGCCUGUCAGCAUCAGCGUUUGGACAGUCGGCCACCGCUGCUAACUACCUCUUUGUUUGUCUAGUGUGCGUUUAUUUUGCUUUUGGACGUCUGCUGUCCACAAUAACUGACGGUAAAGUCGAACCCCCAGGAACAGGACUAAAGCAAAAAGCCCAGCUAAAUCCCGAACAAAACCAGGCGUGUACUGAUGUGGUAAUUGUAGGUUUGGUGAUGAACUUGCUAUCCGCCGCUGUAUUAGCCUGUCCUCUGUUAGACGUGGUCCCCCGGCUCUUUGUCGGCCAUGUCCCCUGGCUCUGGACCGCGGGAGUGUUCCAGCUUGGUAUUUGUAUCCUCUUCUACCGAGCUAUGGAUCCUCUCGCUGCCACUUUCUACGGUUUCACAGCCCUGCUGAAAUUUGCAGAAGGCUACAGCGCUCUGUUGUCGUUCUAUUCCACACAGCCUUUCUCCCCCGUCCCCUUCCCUGUUGUAUUCUCAGUGCUUUUCUGUGUCCUGGCACUGUUCAGCUGUCAGAGGAGCUUGCUAGAGGGACUCUACCAGUUAUUCUUUGUAGCCUACUGUAUUUCCAUUGCAGCCCAACCGCAGGGCUUCUUCCAACAAGGCACUCAAGGUGUGCAGGCAGCAAUAUUCAUAGUUUCUGCUGGUAUGAUUUUAAUCACAACAUUCAACAUGGUCUCCAGAGCCAGGAUUCCUACAGGGCAGGGUUAUUUCAAAGCUUUAGUAACAAGGAUGCAAAGUCUCACUCUCAGAGCUCAGGAUAAAGAGCGGCAUGCACCACACCUGGGCUAUUCCAAAUAUGCAGAUGCGGAGGUGUUAGGUCAUGCCUGCAGCGUGUUGGCUACUUUUGCCAUCACAGCCACGCUUGGCGACAGAUAUCCUCUGUCUGUGCUGAUUCUGCCCUGGGUGGUGGUGGCUGGCGGGGUGCUGCAGUUGCUAUGUGGGUCAGUAGCGUUCGCACGGGGUAAAACAUUUGAGAGUACGGCGUUUAUUCUCUACGGGAUGAUGUGGACAGUGUGGGGUUUGACGAGAUACGGCGGCCUGUACGGUGAAACCAGAGGCUUCAACGUGGCUGUUGGGAUCAUUAGCUUCAUGCUGUUUAACUGUCUGGUGACCGUUGCAGCGCUGUUUGUAAAUGUUGCUUGGUUUGUCUAUGCACUCACCUUCCAGCUUAUACUCAUUAGCUUCCUCCUGGAUGCCAUAGCAGUGCUGCCUUACGGUUAUGACAUAGGUGUCACUAUUAUCUUUGGUCUCGUCAGUUUUUAUUGCUUUCUGGCACAGAUUUUCAACGGCACCUUCCAGUCCCCCCAGAUCCCCUUAGGCAGGCCUCUAAUCAAAAUGGGUGGGGUAGGAGGAGGUGCAAAGGUAUGCCCACACGUACCAGCCCGCAAGGCCACGUCAGUUCAGCAAAUUGCAGAAAUAAUGAAAAACGGUGGCAUAUGUGGAAUGCCAACUGACACCGUCUAUGUGCUGGUUGCAGCCUGCAACAGGCCAGAUGCAGUUGUCAAAGCCUACAAGGUGAAAAAGCAGGCCCAGGACCGGCCCAUGUCCAUGUGGAUCUCCUCGAUCAAACAGUUGGAGCCCGUUAGACACCUUCUGAGCCCUCUGCUCCUGGAUUUCAUGGAGGCUGCGUGGCCGUCCUCCAUUAGCAUGGUCAUACCCAGAGGCCCUUGGAUGGAUACUUUUGGUUUGGGUGAUGCUGCCAAACACAUAGGAACUCCGCAAAGCAUUGCAAUCAGAAAUCCAGACUGUACAGUAGCAACACAUCUCAUUAAUCUGGUGGGGCCUGUUGCGGUAACCUCAGCCAACCCGACAGGGGAAGCAGACACAACUCAUCAUAACCAAGUUUACGCCAAACUGGGAGACAAGGUGGAUGGAGUACUGUGUGAUGGAGCUUCCCCAGAAAACAUAGCUUCCACUGUGGUUGACUGCACCAAGAUUGAGACUGGGAAUAUUGGUUUCUUCAGAGUGGGUCUCAUUCCUAAAUCCAAGGUUCUUCAGAUUUUUGAGGACGUCCGGAAUCGACACAGACAAGGACGGAUAAAUCAGGGUUUUGAAAAUGAGACACUUCAAACAGACACACAGAUUUCAGAACAGCAAAGUUCAGAGUCAGAGUCAGAAAGUGGGAUUGGAAACCCGACACCAUCUACUGUUUCACCUGAACAAAGUCCAGUCCUCAGAAAUGGAUCCUGACAACCUGUUUGUACAUUUAUUAAAUAUGUUUUGAGUUGUAAAAUAAACUGAUGCAGCCUCAAAGCUGUAAUAUCA